AUGGAUUCUUCUGAAAGAUUUCCUUCGGUGGUUAACUGUGAGCUUAGGAUCUUAAGAGCAAAAAACCUCGACUUCUUAACUAAUGGAGCUGUUUUUGUUAGGUACUUCAUUCAAAAUGAAAACAAUGAAAGAAUACAACUCAAUACCCGAGAGAUACCUGUAACGCCAAUGUGUGAUCCAUAUUGGAACGCAUCCGUAUCGCUUGAAUGUUCGGGAGACAAAGAUGUUAUUGAUAAACUUAGUCGACAAAGUAUAGUGUUUGAGCUGCGGUGGAGAAAUACAAAAUCAGUUUUUGGUAGUAUCACUGGAUCAAAGCUCUUGGGUAUAACAGAAGUUUCAUGGGCAAGUAUAUUGGAAUCAACUGAAUUGUCAAUUGAAAAAUGGGUUACAACGAUUCCAGAAAGCCGAUUGUUUGAUGGCCUAAAACCAGCUUCACUGCAAAUUGGAAUGAAGGUUACGAUGCCAAAUAUAGAUGAUACGUUAAAAAGAAAGAACCAAAUUCGACCGUCGUCGAAGAAUUGGAAGGAGUGCGGAUGUAAACAUGGUGGAUGCACUGACAGAGAUGAGGAUGUUUUUGCUGUUGCUGCAACACUAGACGCAUUUUAA